UUUAAUUUGCAUUCGAUGAUUUAAUGUGAGGGAAUCCAAUUUGUUAUCAGUAGUUGUUUUCAAAACCAUGAUUUCAAUUCAUAUUUAGUGUACAGUUUAUUGUGUUAAGCAUUUUCUUAAACGGGAUUUUAAGUUUUGAGUUUAUAAACUGACUAUUGGAUAUUGAUACAACAUGGUACGAUCCGAAUCUGCGAUGUCCGACAAGGAUGGUAACUUCCUGAAAGGUAUUUCUGCAUUGCGUCUAGUAGAAGAAGGUGUUGAACCGUUAGUUAAAGAAGGUUCAUUUCAGUAUACGGAAGAAAUAACUAAUCAAGCAAGACAGGAAGCUGGACUUUAUGGGAAUGACGUUUGUGGACAUUGUACAACUCAUAAUGUUGUACCGUGUAAAUCUGGCAAUGGACUUUGUUACUAUGACAAAGACGGGAAUUGUCGAUUCCAUGAUAACAGUGAUCCUCUGAAGGCGAGCAAAAUUUGCCCGAAAGGUAUCUGCAACAGGAUUUUUCGAAUAAUAAAAUCACGACAUAGAUUUCAUUCACCUAAUUUCAAAAACACUGAUGCAAGAAGGUGGUUCCAAAACCCGUUCGAAAUGAUGAAAUGUUUUAUCCCGACUGAUGGAUAUCAAGACAACGAAACAGUUGAAGACACAGAUUGCGCUGGACUGCUUUCAGUGAUUAUUAACUGCAAAUCUUUCCAGUCUCUGGUAGCAGAAGACCUAGGAUCACCAGAUAACAUUUUUGUUAAGAUGAGAGAGGCAAGAAACAAGAUGUUUCACUCUGCUGGCUUCAAAAUUACAGACAGAGAAAUUCAAGAGUACAUACAAAUAAUGCUUUCUAUCUUCAAUGAUGCAAAGUUUCUAGCUUAUGAUAAAGAUGCUCAGGCUGCAGCUGAAAAAAUACAAGAGAUUGCUGACAGUUCUGUACACGUAUAUUGUGGUGAAGAAAUGCAAGAUCCAGGUCUAAAUCCUGAAUUUGACGACAGCGAGGAAAAAAAUUCUGGACGGAACAUAGAUUGGAAUG